AUGUCUACAAUGAGAAAUUGCAAAGACAUUUUCGGUUAUAUAGAGAGUAAGCAAGACAUAUUGGGGAAGCCAGAACUGUUUGCACGAGGAAAACUGGUGAUGUUAAGAACCUGCAAUCAACUUCUUCGUCGCCUGUCAAAGGCAAAUGAUGUGGUGUUUUGUGGACGAAUUAUAAUGUUUCUUGCUCAUUUUUUCCCGUUGUCAGAACGUUCAGCUGUGAAUAUAAAGGGAGUUUUCAACACAUCAAAUGAGACAAAAUAUGAGAAAGAGGCCCCUGAUGGCCUUUCUAUUGAUUUUAACUUCUACAAAACCUUUUGGAGUUUACAGGUUAGUAAUAAAUAA